AUGUCAAGAUCAAACUGCUGCGUCACCGUGUUUGAUAGAUCGGGUCCAAGGAUAGUGAAGGAUCCAACCAUAUCCACUGAUCCACGAAUUUCACAGAUCAAGGGAAAGGAGCAGAUCAAUGUUUCUCUUUGCCCAAACACGACGCCCAACUACUUGCAUGUUGCUGAAGCGAAGGGGAUACGUCAGGUGGAAAAAAUUUACGACGAUCACUUACCUGGGGAGGACGCUGAGGCAGGUAAUGAGGAUGAAGAUGAAGAGGACGAUGAAGUGGCGGUAAGAAGAGGGAGAAAGAGGGGCAAAAUCAGAAUGGUACAUCAUGCAUGUCCAGGAUAUUGUGCGAUAAAAGAAAAUUACUCGGAAAUGGACCAUGAGGUCGUAGAAGCUCGUGAGAAAAACUCGUACAGGCAUCAAAGAGUGGUAUGUGGUAUGUGGUAUGCCAUUGCGGGUCGUCAAGAGCAGUAUAGAGAUCAAACGGGGGGUGACAUGAAGGAUGAGAACGGAUGUCUAGAGGCGUUGAACAAGAGUAAAUUGUUUAGGCAAUAG